CUCUCACACUGACACACAAUACCACACACACACACACACACCGAACAGCUCGAGCCCCAGUGGAGACGCUGCUGAGGCUCAGCUCGCUCCACCGACAACACCAAAUCACGUUCUGUUCUUCUCUGGCGGAACGGACCGACAACACCAAAUCACGGUCUGUUCUUCUCUGGCGGAAGCCGAGAGCGAAAGGCUUUUAGGAUUCUACCUAUCGCGGACGAUAUGUGGAGCUGAACGACCGGUCGUGACGGAGGACACGAGGGGAAAUAAAAAAAAAAGAGCGAAAGGGAUAAAAGAAAAGGUGGUGCCCUCCCGUUAGAAACACACAGAGACCUGCUUGACAGCGCAGGACGGAAGGAGGGAGGGAGAGAGAGAGAGAGCGAGAGAGAGCGAGAGAGCGAGAGAGCGAGAGAGCAGACCAUCUGUGAAUCACAUCAAGGCAGCUGUGGUUAGAGUGGACUGCAGUUCUUUCACGAACGAGAGGCAGAGGGGGACAGAAGUGGAGAGAAGGAGAGAGAGAAGGACAAAAGGAGAGGGGGCCUGGGUGAGUUUCCAAGCCCAGGACGGUGAACCCUGAUCAGGGGGACUUUCAGGCGACAGUGGGGUUAGACCAGGCCCCUGGAGUUCCUUUGGAAAAAUGAGGAACUCUGAGAAGACAGUGUUUAGGCACAGGUGAAAAUCAAAUGAAUCCUGACUCUAAUGGAUUCUGCGAUUACAGCAUGGAUUGACAUUUUUUUCUUCUCAUCUAAAGGGACAUUUACGUUUUUUCUGUGGGCGUUUUUCUGUGUGGAAAUGUGUUGCUUUUUUCUACAUGAAUUUGGAGUUUCAAAUCUUUCUAGUGUGGAUUUUAAGGAGGCUGUUUAGUUGACUCUGGGGAUCUGAAACUGCCCCACUCAUCUGAAGGGAUAUAAUCAACAUUCUGGAGUUUUUUUCAAGUAUGGAUUUUGCGUGCACUAACUGAGAGUGCUUUGUAACCUUGGUAACCAAGCGGUAACCAGGCGUCAACUGAGCGGUAACCAUGGCAGCAGCCUAUCGCGUGGUAGUGAGCAGUGUUAGUUGCUAUAGCAGCGUGGUGGUGGAUCGUCGGGCUCAGAGUCACGCGGUGCACUACUGCUCCGGGUCAUGUGGGGCGCUGUCCCAGGGACUGGACUGUACUGUAGCCCACCGCAGCACCUGCUCCGAGCUGCUGACCGCCCCCGAACACACACACACUCACACACACCCCGACCCCUCACACAGAUUCACACACAACCUGACCCGAAACGCUAACUCUCCUCACCAAAACUUCAACACCUGUAAACUUAGUAUCACCAGCUCUAACGGGAGUAUUGGUGUUCCUAAUGAUCCCCUCUCUAACAGUGUUUAUGGUGUGGUUGGUGAGGACAGUCCUCCAUGGCGAGGUAAGAAGAACAACACUACUACCAGCUCUAGUCCUGACCGGCCUCUCCAGAGCUCUGCCAGUCUGAAGGACAUCACAGGAGAAGCCAUCAACCUGGCCAGUGGCAAACUCAAAGAGUUCUCCUUCGAGAAGCUCCGCCUCUCCACCAGUCACGUGACCUUCAGGAAAGGUCGCAAGGUCAGGCCGGACUCCUACAGCCGUCGGUCCACGGACCUCGACAUCGUCUAUGGACACUUCACCGGGAACGUCGGAGGAACCGGGAAUGGGACUAUUACCGGAAAUGGAAACGCCAAUGAUGAGAACCUGCCGCCUUUCAGCGACACCCCCAAGGUGCUCAAAGGCCUAUCGCCUGCUAGCAUCACCGCCGGGGGCGGGUCUCUAUCCUCAACCAGCCUAUCCAGCGUCUCCAGGGGCGGGUCCACCGGUAGCCUAUCCAGCGCCUGCUCCGGUUCCUUGGAGGCGGGGCUAAACACAGUGGCGUCUCUCUACCUCAGCUCAUUGGCCGACGAGUCCCUCAUCGCCCGGUUACUGGAGAAGACCCGUGCAGGGGAGGAGGGAGGAGUGGGAGGAGCAGGGGGGGAGGACAUACGUGCCUGUCUGGACAUUCUGGUCAAGUGUUCUGAGGACUUGAAGAAAUGUACGGACAUCAUCAAGCAGUGUAUCAGUCGGAAGAGUCCCGGGGGAGGGGAAGAUGGGGGAGCCAGCCCUGAGAGCAUCUACAGAGCUGUAAUGACCAGACUGAGCUCCUACCUGAAGAAACUGCCUCUAGAGCUGGAGGGGGCUGGGUUAGGGUUAGGGUCAGGGGCUGGAGGUCAAGGGUCAGGGAUUGGAGGUCAUAGCGAGUUGGCCGAGCUGGUUAGUAGUCUGCAUAUGCUGCAGCAAGCUGCUGUCCCCUUCUCACCCAUAUUUGGGAAUGAUCAACCGCCACGGUAUGAAGACGUUGUUCAGAAUCCUCCCUUACCCAAGAGCAAGGCUAUACUGGCAUCCUCAUCCAUCGCUCCAGACUCCUCUCUCUCUUUGUCCACUACACCUGAGACAGCAGGGAGACAUAAGGUUCAGACCAACGGGCUGCAGCACACACACUCUCCCUCACCGCAUACACACACAUUGUCCAUUUCUACCCCUCCAUCCCAGGCACACACACCUUCAUCACAAACACACACUCCGUCAGCGCGUGCACCCACUCCGUCCAUCUCCCCCAUGGAGGCUCUCUUUAUUGAGGAGGAUGCAGACCUGGGAAGGGGGCUGAACAGGACUUCCAGACACACACACUCACACACACCGACCAGAAGCCUCACACACACUCACAGUCGGAACGGGACAGCUUUUAGUCCACACACACCCCCCAGCUCCGCACACACACACCUCAGCCCCAAUCUGCCACACGCACACUUUACACACACACUCCAGUCCACCGGUGAAGCACUCACCUCCCCCCCAACCUCCAAACACACCGCUCCUGUCACUCAUAAAGACGACGACAUCGACAAACUUCUGAUGGACUUGGAGUGUCUGUCACAAAGCAUGGGUCGGGAGAGAGACAGAAUCAGAGAGGGAGAGAGCGAAAGAGAGAGGGAGCCUCCUCUCCCCGCUAAGACCAGACAGAGGGGGACAGGACAGGGGAUCACCUCCCCACAAACCCAACCCUCUCUCCAGACACAAACCCAAAUCAACCCCCAGGCUCAAAGGCCUGUUCCUGUUAGCCACCUAACCGCUAACGCCCAGGCCACUAGGUCGACCCCCAGCUCGCCUGCUCCUCUCCCCAAGGCAGAGGGCAGCGUGGUGGGGCUGGGAGAUGAGGAGGACGGGGCCCUGCUGCUGAGGAUACUGGAGAGCAUUGAGAGCUUUGCCCAGGAGCUGGUGGACUCUGGGGGUAGUCCUGGGAACACCGGGAAGACUGGGGCUCAGAGCAAAGAGAAGGAGGUGAUGAGACUCCUACAGGACAAUCUGGCUACUGCAGCGAAGACUGACACUAUGACACAGACACAGGCCAAACUACCGUUAUCUCCACCAGCUGGUCAAGAUGGACCUGUAUCCACACCUGUACAUGUGGCUGCCUCCACACCUGCACCAAGACCUACAGCUGGAGCUGUUUCUGUGGCUUUACCUGUCUCUACAGCUCCCACACCUGUCCCUGUCCCUGUCCCCAAACCUGUCCCUGCCCAUAUCCCCACAACCCUAGCAGAGUCUUCUGCCCUGCCCACACCUGUUCCACCACCUACAGUCGUACCCACACCUUCAGAAGCGGCUACAGUUGGACUGUUAGAGGCCACUACACUCGAACGUACACCUAUAGAAGGUCCUACAGCUGAACUGACAGCUGGACUUACCACCAAGGCCACCCCUCCACCGGCUGUAACACCUCUCCCCUCCCCUGUCCCGCCCCCUACACCCACACCUGCAGAGGCACCUGUUGCUACCAUCGCUGCUCCUGUUGCCGUGAGACACCCGGUUGCCCCUAGCGACGCGGUUGCCCUGAGAGACAUCGGCUCGACGCUGCUCAUCCAGCAGACGCCCGAGGUGAUCAGAGUCCAGUCCAACAAGCAAGAUAAGAAACCUGGCACACCUCCUCCAGCCCCUCUCUCCCCCACCCCCUCCAUUCCUCCCCCCCACCACUCCCCCUCUCCUCCCCCCACCCCAGUCGUCCUCACCCCUCCUCCCCCACCUCCCUCUCCUCCCCCUGCCCUCAACAUUCCCCGCUUCUACUACCCCCGAGGGUUACCAGGGGCAACAAAAGUCAACCACGAUGCAGCCAUCACUGCCAUAGAAACAGCCUUCACAGAGUUUGAGGAGGAGAAGGCUGAUAUCUACGAGAUGGGCAAGAUCGCUAAGGCAUGCGGCUGUCCUCUGUACUGGAAGGCCCCCAUGUUUAACGGAGCGGGAGGAGAGAGGACCGGCUUCGUCUCUGUUCACUCCUUCAUUGCUACCUGGAGAAAGUUGUUACACAGUUGCUAUGACGAUUCGUCUAAGUUUAUCUACCUCCUAGCGAAGCCUGGCUGUACCUACCUGGACCAGGAGGACUUCAUACCUUUAUUACAGGACAUAGUGGACACCCACCCAGGACUGACAUUCUUGAAGGAUGCCCCAGAAUUCCAUUCCCGUUACAUCACCACCGUGAUUCAGCGGAUAUUCUAUGUGGUCAACCGCUCGUGGACGGGUCGCAUCACCAUGACGGAACUACGAAGGAGCAACUUCCUGCAGACCCUGGCCCUGUUGGAAGAGGAGGAUGAUAUCAACCAGAUAACAGAUUAUUUCUCUUAUGAACAUUUCUAUGUGAUCUACUGUAAAUUCUGGGAGUUGGACACGGACCAUGACCUUUACAUUGACCCUAAGGACCUGGCUCGUUACAACGACCACGCAUCCUCAAGCAGAAUCAUUGAGAGGUUGUUCUCAGGAGCCGUCACACGGGGUAGUUCAGUGCAGAGAGAAGGGAGGAUGAGUUAUGCAGAGUUCACCUGGUUCCUCAUCUCAGAGGAAGACAAGAAAAACCCUACCAGUAUAGAGUACUGGUUCAGGUGUAUGGACACAGACGGGGACGGUGUGUUGUCUAUGUUUGAGUUGGAGUACUUCUAUGAGGAGCAGUGUAGUAGGAUGGAGGGGAUGGGCAUUGAACCACUACCCUUCACAGACCUGCUCUGUCAGAUGCUAGACCUCGUCAAACCUGAGAGCCAAGGUAAGAUAACCCUGUCUGAUCUGAAGAGGUGUAGAAUGGCUCAUAUAUUCUUCGACACGUUCUUCAACCUCGAGAAAUACCUGGACCACGAGCAGAGAGAUCCCUUCGCUUUGCAGAAGGACAUAGACAACGAGUGUCCAGAGCCGUCAGACUGGGAUAAAUACGCCUCAGAGGAAUACGAGAUCCUGGUGGCAGAGGAGACAGCUAACGAACAGCUGCAGGAGGGCACGUUUGAUGAUGACUAUGAGGAGGCGGAGCUUCCGGUUCAAGGAGAGAUGAUUGGGAAUAAGAUGGAUAAGCUGCUCAUAUCAGAUCUGACAGCGUGAAAUUCCCAAAGCCUGGAAUACCGCUCCCUUCUCCUUGGAUAUACAGGAGACGGGGGAGAGGAGAAGUGGGAUGGACAGGGAGAAAUUGAGAAAAAGCUAAAGCGCUGGAGAUAUCCAAACUCUCUCACCUUCUCCCUUCAUACACAGACAGGGACAGAAGAGAUGGUGGAAGAUGGAGAAAAGGAAGAGGGUUGGACAGAAAAAGAGAGAGCACUCUGGCAGCUGUCCUCUCAGCCCUCUGUAGGAAAAAACGUGUUUUCCACUCUUUUAUCUUUAUUGGAGUGUGUGUGUGUGUUGUGUGUGCAUGUGUGUAUGUGUGUGUGUGUGUUUGUGUCAUCCCAAAGACUGUGUUUGGUGCAAUUAUGUGUCUUAACAUGUUUAACAUGUAGAAGUAAGAAAGCACAAAUCCUGAUAUGGAGAUACUUCCUGUAUGAUGUGUAUAAUAACUGCCAUAUUGAGAUUUUUCACUGACAAUCAACUACUAGACAAUCAACCAAGUUGUUUUCAAACGUGUCAAUCAACACACACACACACGCACACACACUGUGCAUACACACUGUGCAUACACACUGUGCAUACACACAGCGCUGUGCAAAACAGUACCAUCUUGUAGUCACUAGUUAUACUGCUGGCUGCUCUUACAACAGACUAGUGACGUUUAGAAAAGGGAGUUGGAAAGCUACUGUCAGCGUUCUCCAUUUAUAAACAUCAUUUUCAGUGUUCUAUUUCAGAAUGUUACUGUUGAAUAGUUUGAUAAGGCAGGCUAUUGUGUUUUUGAUUCAUUAGAAUUAGUAGAAUGUUUCAUUCUAUUUGAGAUAAAAUGCAUGUACUGUAUAUUCCGUCCAUAUACUUUUCAAAGAGUUCAGUUCUCUCAUGGCAGAGGCUGGGUCAGAAAUGGCAGUCUAUUCCCUAUAUAGUGCACUAUAACUUAUAGGGGGUACGGUGUCAUUCUAGAUUUGACCAGAAUCAACCACAGUGUACAUAGACUUAGCUGUAACUAACUAACUAUGAACUAAUAUGAACUAACUAUCUCUCUGGUAGAGAUGUUACUGUAAAAACCAAAACGGACAUGUCCAGAAGUGACACAAACUUGCUAGCCACAAGACGCGCUGUCGACACGCGGAACAAGACAGUAAAGCUAACAGGCGUUUUAAUGUGUCACCAAAGGUGAUGUUCCAGUCAUUAUUCUAUUCUAGCAUCAAGUAUUCUUUAUUUUAUCACUGUUGAAUGUUGGUGAUGUUUUAAAGCUGUGCUUGUGCGUGCCUGUGCGUGCGUGUGUGUGUGUGUGUGUUUGUUUUUAAUAGCAACAAUCUGUCUCUAUAUAUCCAUUGUAAAUGUGUAUUUAACUUUACAUUGUGUAAUGAUGAUGUUACUGAUGGUUUGUGUUGCUGUGUCACUGUGUGGCUCGACGGGGUUAAGUUAUGUGGCGGUGACCCAGAUGCACAGCGAUGAUUGGUUGGAGGUCAUAGAGGGACACGCCCAUCAGACAAUCAACUGUCGAUCAAUUUGUCAAUCACCAAUCAAUCAAUCAGUUUGAUCAUCUGAUUGGAUAAUAAGGAGCAUCUUGCUGUGACUGGUUUGGACACACUGGUAGCUCUUCCUCUCAGUAGAGACUCAUGCUGCUGUAGAGACACACACACAUACACACACGUUUAUAAGACACUGCUGUGUCUGGCUCUAUGCAAACAAUCUGCUUUUUGCUCACUGCCCUGGGAACACACACACACACAUCUGCUCUGUGCUAGGUGCACGGGGCAGGGAGAGAAGCCAGGAUGGAACUGCCUCUAACCGGAGACACUUCUGCCACAAUGAGGACUUUUACUUUGAAAUGUGUGUCUGCUUUAAAACAACUUUUACUUUGAAAUUUAGAGAGGACUUUUAUUUGGUGUUUUUUUCUCUCAUCUGAUGUUUUACUUCCAGGUGGAUAAGGCUUGAGUAGAUGUUCUUGUGUUCGCAUGGCUUACUUCUUUCUGUCUUUCCUUGUUGCUUUCCUUUGUUUUCUUUUAAAACUGAAUUGAAAUAAAGACGAUUUAAGGUUGGAGAGAAAAAAA